AUGGCGAAACCCAAGCCUACUCAGAGACGCAGGCAUACAAAUUCAAAGCUCGGUUGUUUAAACUGCAAGAAGAAGAAGAUCAGGUGCGAUGAGCGGUUACCGCUGUGUCAAAACUGUUUAAAGGGCAAAGGUGACACUUGCUCUUAUCUACUGCUAUCGAACAAUGACAUUGAAAAGUUGAAACUCACCCACUCCUUGCGGAACUCGCAGAAUAAACUCUUGCAGCGAAGUUUUCGGUUACCAGCUACUUCACUGCUGCAAGUGCCCAAAAGCAGCCACAUGAAGCUUUUUUCUCCAGUGCAUGACUAUUUUGCAACGAGCAAAAACGACGAUGGCGGCAGUGUAUUGGAGUUUAAGUUUGAAUUGGCAAACUUGCCCAUCUGGAUACCUCGGAUUCAUUACCCACCGCUUCAGUACAAUAAUUUAUCGAUGCAGGAUUUCACGGGCGAGUUCAAAGUUAUGAACGAUGACAUUCUAAGCGAUGCAGACUCGGAGGAACAGAUGGCAAGCACAGGUGUGCUACCUCAGGGAUUCGACUACAAGAUGACGUUUAAGCGGAUAAACCGCAGUGCGUUUGUUAAAGUUGACAAGCGAGUGACGAUGGUGCCGAGGAUUGUCACCGAUUUCAGUCACUAUAUCGUUAGGGGGGAAAAUGUCUUGCUCGACUAUAUGAGCGACUUGACGCUCAAGAAAUAUCAUGAUCCUGUCCUCACGUGCGGGUUCCAGUGUUUGGGAGAAAUCAUCAUCUUGAAUAGCCACCGACAAUACCCGCAAAGAACUCAAGAUUCGUUUCUCAACUCGCUCGAUACGCGGGCCUUGGAGCUAUUUAGCAGCGGCCAAAAGGCCUUGGACCAAGAGAUGAAGCGCAUACUGCGCCAUCUGGACCAGUACCCGUUUGAAAAAGUAGGGGAAGAUAUCGAACUAGUUGCUUACGCGAGUCACUUGUUCACUUUUUCCCUUUUGAUGAUGGGCGGCGGAAUGCAAGCAUUCUUUAAUGCUCAGAAAUACGCGAUGCUUGGGUUCGAAGUAUACACGAAGCUAAUUGAGCAGAAUCCUUCGAAUAUGAGACCCAUCAUCAAUUUUCUUCAAAGCAAUUUACAGCAUAAUCUUAUUAGCAUCAACAUCCCUUCAUAUUAUCCUCAGUUCUUGUUUGAAAUCGAGUCGAACUUGAGCAGUCUAGAGUUUAUAUACACGGAUUCAGCAUCGUUCACCAACGUGGAGGAAAUCAAUCAAUCGCUUUCAACGUUGCAAGCUCAAUCUCAUUCUUUGCUCAAGUUUCUAAGAGACAAAGUGCUUCCUAUUUUGUUCACAAUGAGAAACGAGGACUUUAUCACUACUUACCCGCCCAAUGUAAUCUUUGAGAUACUCCGAGAAUGGCAUUCGAUAUGCCCGUCACAGGCGAUGGCGUACAACCCAAGAAUCGACAACCACCAUUACGACGAAUCUGUUUUCCUCAAGGAUAUAUCAACUCCAUUGUACACCUAUUUUUUCGCUAUUGCAGCGUCGUUGGAUGCCAUUUUCCCCGCAUGCAAGUACCUAUUUAGUUUAACGUUUAUCUUGCCUACCGCGGGUAAAUUGAACGAAAAAGACACCCUUACGGUUUGCAAAUACAACCGGUACACACAAGAGUUUUUCAGUCAACGAAUCGAUGAGAUGUUGCAACGACACAUUUGCUACGCGUCGAGACUAUUUGCGUUUUUUAAGCGGCGCUUUAUUUUUUACAAUAACUAUUUGCAGUGGUCGAAUUACUAUGACCGCGUCGAGCUUGUGCAAAACAGGUUCCAAGCGAGAAAGGUUGUCAAUGUUAAAGAAACGGCAAUCCAAAGUUUCAACACCACCUUGAUCCGGCCCGAGCAUUACCCCACGCGAGAUAAACUGGUUGGUCAAGAUGUAAUGUCGUAUGUGAGUUUCAACCGAGAAGACGACUCCGUGGUGAAGAACUUGUACGCGAGAAAUAUCGAAACGUUGAAUAUUUUCAACGAGUCGAUGCUCUUGCAGUAUGACUAUGAGACGAUGCUUUUGUUGAAGGAUUAUCGGCCCUUGGACGAUUGCGAUGAGUUUACUCGAGCAUUGUUGAGUUUCAAGGACAUUCGAGAUUAUUUUGAGGACAAGGUCAAGAUUAUAAAUUAUCUUAGCGAUACAUGA